UGCCAGUUUUCGUUCACAAACUUUCUGACAACGCUUCCAGCAAUAACCAUUUCAUUUCGAUUUUCAUUCAUAAUUUGAGCUAUUUGUUAAAGAAAUUAAGGAUGUCUGACGAGGCAAAUACUUUAGCAUGGGACGACACCUUGCUUAUGAAGACCUACGACGAAUCGGUGAACCUUGCUCGCGAGGCUUUAGCUCGCCGUUUGGCCGAUUAUACUAACAAACAAGAAGCCGCAGAAGCUGCAUCUGGUGUAGCUGACAAUAAGACGGAAUCGGCUACUAAUGACUCGGUUUCUCCUGAGACGGUAUACAAGGUGGGUGACUUUGCUCGCGCUACCUACACUGAUGGUCUGGACUACGAGGGUUCCAUAGUAUCUAUUAACGACCUUACUGGCACUUGCGUGCUGCGCUAUUGCGGCUAUGAAAAUGAGCAGGAGGUACUGCUCACCGAUCUGUUGCCUUCCUGGGGCAAGAAGACUCGUCGUGAACAGUUCGUCCAGGCGAAGGCUGAGCUGGAUCAAGAAGAGGCACGUCCGAAAAAUGUUUCAAAGAAGCCAACUAAGAUACCCGGUUUGGUUAUGCCACCCAUGCCAUUUAUGCCACCCAUGCCAUUUGUGCCGCCAAUAAUCAAUCCAGCUGGGAACACUAUCGAAGGAGAACAGGACUUUGUGGCCAUGCUGACAGCCUGGUACAUGUCGGGAUAUUACACUGGAUUCUAUCAAGGAAAGAAGGAUGCCAAUAAGAAAAACCAAUCGGGAGCUGGACCCUCAGCCGCCAAGAAGUAGCUCAUAAUUUCGAUCUCAAAGACGAAAAUGUUUUUUAUAUCCUACUACUAAUACCAUUACUCUUUCUGAGAAAGAUUUGUUUAGCGGUUAAGAAAGCAUAAAUAAUAAAUUCAAGAACAUUAACAAAA